AUGAUCUGGGCCCUUUGGUUAACAUCCUUCUACAACACGGCCGUCUUUAACGCUUUCUUGCGAAGGGCUGGACAAGCUGCUCUGUGGAUAGACCUCGGUCUCCUCGACGAGAACGCAAAUGGGAGGGCGCCUAGGAGCGAUGUGAUAGCGGCAAUCACGGCGCCUGAACUGUUGACAAGAGCGUACGCUAUCGUGACAAAUGAUCGCCAAAAUUGUCGUAUCCGAUACUACGCGACCCUUGUGAGCAGACUAUGCUCAGUCCCUCUGAAACACUUGCGCAUUCUCGAUAUAUUUCUUGCAAAGGAAUAUGAUGUUCCUGAACCAAUAAGCGCACCGUGUCUGGAGCAACUUUCCGUGACGUCCGAUGCCGAAGAUUUUGCGGACUGUCCGUUGUCCAUAGACAAGCUACAAUACUUGUUUGACUCGAGCCGGCAUCUCGCAGUCGUUCGAUUGAGACGCUGCGUUGACACACGCGCCUUGGAUGACGCAUCGGUUCAGAGCGCGCAUACUCGCACUCGGUUGCGCGAGCUACACAUUGAAAGCAUGGACGAGGACCUGCUAAAGGUCAUUCACGCUUACUUCACUGUUGGACACAAUUCAUCAGUCUUAAUUGACGUACGGGCGCCCUCUCUCUUGACCAGCGCUAUCGAACUAUCUUUUAGCCGCUUUGGUUACUCGCUGGACGCGCUCGAGUCUCUCGAGAUCCGAUAUCAUCGUGAGACUAUACGUCAUUCUGGAGCCAUAUCUCCUGGCGAUGAUUUCUUUUCCCUGUGCAUGCGCGCUCGCGACGACUACACUGUUAUCAUCCGGAUGGGCAGCUAUGACAACUCGUGGUCGUGGGAAGACAUCGUGGCCUUACUACCCUGCAGCAAAAUUAACACUCUCGUCUUCUCCAACCCUGACGAUAGCCAUUGCGAUCACGCGCUCCCUCCCGUCAGCCUACUACGCGAACUACGAGGCCUGCAACACGUUACGCUGUCCGACAGACAGAACAUUCACUUUCUCAACAACCUUCCCCUUGGCGCUCCCAUUUCAACCAUCGUCGCAUCUCUACCAUCCGGAACCAAUAACGAGGACUUAUCGGAUAUAUGGCAUUGUCUAGACAAGCGGGAUGUUGACCGUGAGCCCAUAACGCUGAUCCUCGAUGGCGUCCUGAACACGACCAAGGAUAUUAAGCGCUAUCGUCACUUGGAGAUGCCGCUGCUGGUGGCACUGACCGAGUUCGCGGUGGUCAAAGACCGAAGGACGUACAAGCAGGUCAGAUGA